AUUAGAAGGUAGAAUCGUAAGAAAAAUAUUCAUAGUGAUAACAUCAAAUACAAUUGAAUUUUGCAUUUGAAAGAAAGUUCUCUUAUCGGCGAUACGAAUAUCAGGAAGAAGGCACAAAACAAAUUAAAUUAUUUAUAUAAAAUUGAUUAAAAGCAACAAAUCAAAACAAAACAAAAAAAAAAACGUUUUCUGAGAUCGGGAAUUGUUGUGUGUUCAGUUGGAUGCGAUCGACCUUAUCACGUAUCAACAACAAAGCAUUCAAUUCAGUCGUUUGUAUGCCGCACUACGAACAACAUCAUCUCUGACUAUAUAGUGAGAAAACGACUGACGUCGACACACAAUCAAUCAAUUUGUAUUUGAUACCGAACACAAAUGCUGACUAAAUAAUAUUGUCUUGAAGAAAAAAUAAGAACAGGAGAUCCAAAAUGGAAGAUUCUGUGGAAAGGCGCAUUUAUUCAGCUGGCAAAACUUUCCUAUGUUUUGUUGUAUUUCUAAUCUGCAUUCAACCUUUACUUUUGUGCUAUUUUGUUGUGUCGGUGUCUCGUUUAUUAUGGCGCAAUUUUCUCAUAGUAAAAAAUCAACAUUUGACUUUUGUCAAAAAGGAUAAUCUACGAAGUUUUAGCUAUACAGCCCGUAAUCCUGGCAUCAUUAAUGUCAUCUUACACUUGCAAGGCGAACCAAAUAUCGACGCCAUUCGUGAUGGCAUUGAGCGUGCUGUUUUACAGAAGAAAAUGAAAUCGGGAGAGUUAAUGUUUCCAAAAUUAUCAGCUAAACUAGUGACGUGUUGGGGUUUUUACGCUUGGAAAAUGUGUCCAGAAUCAUUUGUGGUUGACAAUCACAUCAAUGUAUAUCCGCCAAAUUAUCGUGGCCGUCCGGUGACCAAUUCAAAUAUUCAGGAUUAUAUAAGUAACAUUGUGUCGAAAUAUUUUCCAAUUGGCCAACCACCAUGGCAAAUUUGUGUGAUACCAGUGGUGGGCACAACAUCAUUAACACGUACCGAAGAGAUGCCAAGCACUUCAUCAGUUGAAUCGGCCAGCGGCAAUGAUACCGAAGAAGAGCAACACUCAUCAAGUGAUUUUACAAUGCGUUUGACAUCAACUGAGCAUUACUAUAUCAUUGUGCGAAUGCAUCAUUUACUGAUAUCGGAAGAACCCGAUUUGCGCCUGUCUGAUCUACUUGCUAUUGAUUCGAAGAGUACAACACUGAGCGGUAGAAACGAAGCCGAUAUCGAUCGUCAAAUACCAAAAUCACCUCUCAUGGAUAUUAUGCAGUAUCCUGUGUACAUUCCACAACUGUACAUGCGCUUACAAAUCGGUCUAACAAAUGCAUGGAACGAAUUCAAAUCAAAGUAUGAUCCGUAUGUUGGAAAAUCAUCAACCAUUCAAGCACCAGUCACAAUGCCAACGACAUCGACUGAGUUUCCAUCGCUUGAUGAUUCAAAAUUAAACACCGUCGAAACACUUCCAAUUGAAACGUUGCCACAGUUAUUUGCAUCGUUGCUCAUUUCCUAUGUAACAAUUGCAAGCGAUUUUUACAAAGGAUUCUAUGCAACCCGUCAUCAUCCAAUGAUUAAAAUUAAAUUCUUAAACAGUUUGAUCAAUCGUGAAGUCAAAAGACGCAACAUUUCGUGGGAAGUGAUUUGGCAUGCAAUGUGGGCCACUUUAAAUCCGAUUCGAAUCACAAAGGUUUCGUUCGAAUGGAUUUGUUGGGCAUGUGUAGCGAUCAGCAUUCUCUCGCCGCAUUUAAUUUAUCGCGAAUUGCAAGCGUUUCGAUACUGUUUCUUCCAGGGCCAUGUCGGUUAUCCCGACACUUUGAUCGGUUUUAUGUUUGCCUACAUUCCAUUGUGUUACAAUGCAUUCAAAGAGUGGCUUCGAUUGGUUGGUAUAUUUGUGCAGGCGCCACGUUUCAUUUAUGAAGAGCUCAUCGAAAUCCAUCGCAGUGAUGAGCAUGUUUUGCAAAACAUAUCACUGUGCGGUAGAAAAGUAUUAUCUUGGUCGAAAAAAAUCGAUGUAAAUGACAUUCGACGGGCGUGCAGUAAACACGGGGUCAGCCCAUCCGAACUGUAUAUGUCAGCCAAUAGUUCCACCAUCAUGGAGUUACUGCAUGAAUAUGAAUCGGUUCCGGUGCCAAAGCAAAUACGUGUUUUUGCCUCACUUCACAAUCAUGACUUUUUGCAAGGCUAUUUGAAUAAUGAAGACUACGAAUCGGGUCAUUUGAGUUUAAUUCUGCCAAUGGAAAAAGUUUCACGCAAACAACUCAAACAAAUCCGUCAAAAUUUCCGUGUGGCACGCGAAAAUCAAGUUGGCAUCUAUUUUCUAUUUCAAUUACACAAAAGAUUCAAUCUUUUAACGAAAUUCUUACCAUCCGUAUGGACGGUCAUCAUAUUCAAUUAUUUGUCGAGACGAUUUUCAAUCACAGUCACGGAAAUUGUGAGAAACAAAAAUGCACUGCAACAAAGGGCCAACAUGAACAUUACAUGCUGGGGACAUGAUGUUCUGGAUGUGCUUUUCUUCAGCCCACCACAUAGCAAUGGAAGUAUAUCACUUUCCAUUCAACAAUUCGGUGAACAUAUUCUUUUGGGAGUGAUCAGUGAUGCACAAAUUCAUCCGUUGCACAUUAAACUAUCCGAUGGAUGGACGAAAAAUUUGGAAAAACUAUUUUAAGCAGUUAUUCGCAAUGGUCAGAUUUAUUGAUUGAUUGUAUGAAAUUGUUAUGCUUAUGGAUGUAUCGAUUCGAAUCGAUUUCUAAAAGAUCCAUUCUAGAGCACUAUUGGAUACUCUUUUAUUUAAAUAUAUUAUUAUUCAGCUUGUUCAACAUCGGCAAAA